CAAACUUCUUCUAACAUUAUUAAAAACAUGUCUUCCUUUACUUUGAAAGUUGUUCUUUCACUCAUCAUUUCCACUUUUACCCUUAUGAAACUAACAAGGGCCGGUGACCCAGACAUACUAACCGACUUUAUAAGCCCAUUAACCGGCCCAAUUGAUGCAAACUUCUUCACAUACACAGGCUUUCGCGCCCUUGUUGGGCCACAAAACACAAGCCCACCACCAUUCAAAGUACUAAAAGCAACCAUGAUAGAAUUUCCAUCAUUGAAUGGACAAAGUGUCUCAUAUGCUUCACUUCAAUUCCAACCAAAAAGCAUUAAUCCACCACACACACACCCACGUUCAGCUGAAUUACUCUUAGUUAUUCAAGGUGCACUUCAAGUUGGUUUUGUAGACACAACAAAUAAACUCUUUACACAAAAUCUUCAAACCGGUGAUAUUUUUGUAUUUCCUAAAGGUCUUGUUCAUUUUCAACAUAAUGUUGAUGAAAAAAUUCCUGCUCUUGCUUUAUCAGCUUUUGGUAGUGCUAAUGCUGGAACUAUUUCACUUCCUAAUACUUUGUUUAAUACAUCUAUUGAUGAUAAUGUCUUGGCUUUGGCUUUCAAGACUGAUGUUUCCACCGUUCAAAAUUUGAAGAAAGGUUUUGCUUAGGUCUCAUGAUGGAUACAUUUGUGUUCUCCACAAAAAGGACAAAAUAAUUAUUUGCAUUUUUCUUAUAUAUGUUAACUUUUUUUUUAUUUUGUUUAUUGUUUAAUAAGUGCUUAUCAUAGAUGGCCAUUUGUUUGAUUGUCUUUGUUAUAUUAAUAAUGAUGUGAAAUAUAAUCAUCAAUGGUGU